AUGAUUCCAUUUCGUUACAGGCGUUCCAGCGCGGGACUGCUGGCCUCGCAGCUUACCUGCCAGAGUUCGUCGACUGCUGCAAACGCAGCAGCCCCGCCCCACCAGGCGCCGUCGUCGCCACCGCGCGUGGUGUCCGCGCCGCCAGCGCCACUGGUUCAACCGCCCCCAGAGCCAGCGCCCCAGCCCGCCCAGGAGGACGGCGUACGAUUGCGUCGCGCGCACACGGUCGCAGUGCGGGACUACUUGAAGAGGGAGACGCAGACGUUCUUCGGAGUCCAGAGGGACAAUGAGAGGGAGCAAAGGAGGCUCUGGUACGAAAGGAGGAGACGCCACGCGGCUAGGGCCCUCGGCGACCUCCGGCUCGACUUGCCACCGGAUCACCAUCCCGAUGACGAUGACAUUAGUAUGUACGGAGCGUCGGGUGCAGCGCCAAGGGAGGCGCGGGGGCGUGCCCAGGAGCGACCCGACGUGCUUCCAGCGCCGGCGUCGCUCGAGGAGUCACCGCCCACGCUGCCGCCACCCGGGAAGGAUAGCGUCGCGAGGCUCACACUCACCGGCCUCUCCUAUGUCGUCACUGCUGUCACGCGCCGUUCCCGACAGUCGACAUCGAUGCAAUGGUCACGUUCGUUUCGCGGCAACUCGGGCGUGCAGCACGACGAUGUUGAUGUCGACGACGUGUUCUUCGCUCCGCCAUCGGUGACGUCACCAAUCAACCAGCAGCACCACGACGAGGGAGACGUCGGCGACGGGCCGAAGGGGGCGCGUUCGCCGAUCGUGCCUGGCGUGGAGUACCGGAGGCCUGAGAGGAACGUGUCGUGGGGCGCGGGGGGCGCGCGCAUCCACAUCCCGAUGCUGGAACCUUUGGCGGAUAACUCUAACAGGAGGCAAUUUGGGAUGGGCGUCGUCGGCCGUUUCUUCCGGCGUUCGUUGCGCAAGUCGAUGACGCACCAAGAGGAGGUGGCGCGGCAGCUGGACGAGCUGACGGACUACCGGCCGUACUUCACGUGGUGGGUGAGCACGGUGCAGACCCUGGUGCUGCUGUUGUCGUUGCUCUGCUACGGCUUCGGGCCCGUGGGCUUCGGCAGGCACACGCACUCCGGCCAGGUGAUGGUCAAAAGCCUCAGCUUGCAACAGGUGGAGUGGGAGGAGCCGGCGUCUUUUUGGCUGGGUCCGAGGGCGGCGGACCUGAUACAUUUAGGGGCUAAGUUUGCGCCUUGCAUGAGACGCGACGCGAGGAUAGCUCGCGCGAUAGCCGCGUCCGCUAGGAGGGAGCGGGACACGGCGUGCUGCAUACGAAACGACGACUCCGGGUGUGUGCAGUCGUCUAAGGCUGAUUGUUCGAUAAGAGGAGUAGUGGCAAAGAACACGAUAUCAACGUGGAAAAAAUGGUCUUCGGGUGAAUCAGGACCAGGAGGCAGAAUAUCGGGGUCAGUUUGUGGUUUGGAUCCGAAG